CUUAAAGCUUAGGGCUUAAAUCAUCUAUUGUAGACUGGGACUAAUUGUCUUUUGAUCUUCAAUGGUAAAAUCAAUGAACGCGCUAUUGGCGGCUAAAUCCGAAAGUCCCGGAUCGCUCGCUCGGGAUCCGCCUUGACGCGGGGCGCGCGCGAACGUUGCGUGCGCGCCUUAAGGGCCUAGCGACGCCUCUCGCGGAGCGGAGUCGCGCGACACUCGUGCCGUCCCCCUCGGACCAGUGUUGGCGAGCGACGCCGUUGGAGGCUCGUGUGUGUAUACGCUUCGGAACAUGGCAGCGGCGAUCUCGGGGCUCGACUCGCGCGACGGUCGCCCGUGACUCUCGGACGCGGCGAUGAAACGGCAAUAUGAACGGCAGGCCGGCGCGGCGGAGUGACACGGGCCCGCUGACACGCCGACGGGGCGCAAGGACGCGACCGGGGGUCGUUGCGAACGAGCUUUCUGCCGAGAUGGUGAUCGUUUAACGAAACGGCGAGGACGAUGGACGGGACACGAGCGGCAGAGGUAUUGCCGUUGCUGCAAGAACGCCUGGCGAUACUGCCGGGCGGACGGGAUCGCAGGGGCGGACCCGUGCUCCUGUUCCCGAGCACGCCGAGGCGCGAGCGCGCGAAACCCGAGGACUACAGGCGCCUCCUGCAGUACCUGUUCGCCAUCCCGAGCGACGAGGCCAGGGGACUGCGAUUCACCGUGAUCGUGGAUAUGCGCGGCACAACGUGGGACUCGGUCAAGCCUAUUUUGAAGGUGUUGCACGAGCAUUUUCAUCGUACAGUUCACGUAGCUUUUCUUAUCAAACCGGAGAACUUUUGGCAGAAACAGAGGACGUCGUUGGGUAAGCAGAAGAAGUAUAAUUUUGAGAUUAAUACGAUUAGCUUAGAAGCCCUUGUAAAGGUGAUAGAUCCUUCGCAGCUCACUGCAGACCUGGACGGAUCCCUGCAAUACGAUCACGCCCAGUGGAUCGACACCAGAUUGGUCGUAGAAGAUUUCACGUGGCAGGCGGCGGAUCUGCUCGAUCGGUUGGACGACCUGCAGGAGGACCUCAGCCGGAAUGACUUCGCUGACGAUGUCGCGGGAGCCAAGCACGGAAUCGAUCUGCACAAUGAGAUGAAAAAGAAAAUCAUGAAGGUCCCGGUGGAGGAAAUCGAGGUUGUCGGGCAACGCCUGCUGCAGCGAUUUAACAACAGUGCGACGGCGACCGGCGGGGAGGGAGGAAGUAUCGACAACGGCGCGGCGAGCUGCACGGAUUCCGACGGGCGAGCGUUGGCCACCUUGGUUAUUCAGCACUUGGACUCCGUGCACGCCGCGCAGCAGCACCUGCUGCAACUGUGGCACAUCAAGAAGAUGAAGCUGGACCAGUGCUUUCAGCUGCGGCUGUUCGAGCAGGACUGCGAGAAGAUGUUCGAUUGGAUCUGUCACAACCGAGAGGCGUUCCUCGCCAGUUACGUGGAGAUCGGCCGCUCGUACCAAUUGGCCAAGAACCUGCAGGAGGAGCAUAAACAUUUUACAAUGAGCUCGAUGAACGUUUACGUCAACAUAAACAAGAUCCUCACGAUGGCCGGCAAGCUGCUGGAGACGCAGCAUUACGCGGCCGGGCACGUGCGAGCGGUGGCGGGACGUUUGGACCGGGCGUGGAAGGAGUUCGCCGCGGGCCUCGACGAGCGUACCGCGGUGCUUAGUUUAAGUGUAGUGUUUCACCACAAGGCGGAACAGUAUGUCGAUAACGUGGCCGGCUGGAGCCAGGCGUGCGAGAUCAGCAAUCUGCCCAGUGAAAUUCCAGUGCUCGAAUCUCACAUUCGCCAACACCAAACUCUCUACGAGGCAAUGUGCCAGGCGUACACGGAGGUUUACAAUGCGUAUCAAGCGUUAUUGAGCGGCCUGGGUUCAAUGCUGCAAGUAUGUCAUAACGUGAGCGCCCAUUCCUCAGAUUAUGUGCAUAGUACCAGUAAGAAGCUUCUUUACCAACUGGAUCAUCUUGUGCAAGUCUGUAAUCAACCACAAGGAAUUGACCAUGUCGCCAGAAAACAUAGCCAAGAUGGGCACAGUAUUGACAGUCAUACCAGCACGAGCGGUAAUCCAGCGGCUGAUUACAGCGAAGGCGCGUCUCACGUAUUAGCUGUCAUCCAUCAGAUUCUCGGCCAUCACAGAGCACUAGAGGCCCGUUGGCACGCUCGCAAAGUCAAGUUGCAUCAACGGCUCGCAUUAAAAUUAUUUCAAGAGGACGUGAAGCAGGUCCUCGACUGGCUGACGAACCACGGCGAGGUGUUCAUUAGGAAAAACACAGGCGUGGGCCGUAAUCUGCAGAAAGCGCGAGUCUAUCAAAAGAGCCACGAACAUUUUGAGAAUGUCGCUCAGAACACUUACACAAAUGCGACUAAACUCUUGACCGCCGCCGAGGAACUUGCUCACACGGGGGAAUGCGCGCCUGAUGAAAUAUACGCGGUGGCGCAAGAGUUGGAGGCUCACGUUAGUAGCUUCGCAGCGAGGGUCGAGCAACGGCGUCGCAGAUUGGAUCUGGCAGUAGUGUUUUAUACUCACGAAAAGGAGCUCACUGGUUGGGUGGACGAGUUACGUCAGGAAUUGCAACAGGACGAGGUUGCGGAGAACCUGGAGACCGCGGAAAGACUGUUGGAGCAGUGCGCGCAGCAUAGAUCGUCCUGUCUCGAGGCGUGUGCCUCGACAAUAGCCCAGGGCGAGGCUCUGCUGCAAGAACUGCGCGAGGCGACCGACGCGCCCGACACGACCGGCUCGAUAUCGGCGGUGGAGUCGGCCCUGGACAGACUGGCGAGCCUGCGGCAGGAAUUGGAAGAUUUGUGGGCCACGAAGAAGCUGAGACUGGAGCUGUGCCUGCGACUACGCGUCUUCGAGCGCGACGCGCUGGAGGCCAGUGGCCAGCUGGAGAUGUGGGCGCAGGAGCUGCAGGGCCCUCCGCGGGAGGGCUCGCCCGAGCAGUUGCUGCGCGUGCACAACGACGGGGUCGCUCACAUGCAGAACACCGCCUUCCAAAUUCUCCACCGUGGCCAGGAAUUGGCGCAGGUCUUGGAGGAGGCCGGGGUGUGUAUUAUGGCGGACGGUCAGCACAGCGCGGCGGCGCGGGUGCAGGUGCUGCUCGAGUUUCUCAACGAGCGUGAACUGGACGCGGAGGAUCUCGCGGAGAUGCGAAGGGUGCGGCUGGAGCAGGCCUCGCAGUUGCUGCAGCUGCAGACAGACGCGUCUCACGUGAUCAAGUGGAUACGAAACGGCGAGUCGAUAUUACUGGCCUCGCUGAGGAUACCGGACGACUUCGAAGACGCCGACCAAUUGGGGAAGGAGCACUAUCAUUUUCAACUCGCGAUAACAAACACUCACGCGUCCGCCGUGCAAGUGAAGCACAAAGCGGACGCUCUGAUAAGCGGGAAUCAUUACGAUCCUAAGAGCAUCAGGGAGGUCGCGGAGGAUGUUACCAAACGAUGGCAGCAGCUAGUGACCUGUGCGGAGGAGCGACACAAAUUAAUUACUGCCAGUUUAAACUUUUACAAAACUGUGGACUCUGUUCGUUCGGUUCUCGACAGUUUAGAGUUGCAAUACAACGUGGACGACGAUUGGUGCGCCGACGGGGAGAAAGCCGCCGGGAUACCGGCGAACAUCACCCGACACCAGGAGCAAAAGGAGGCCUUUCUGAAGGCGUGCACGCUGGUACGACGGACCGGCGAGACGUUCUUGAAGUAUAUCAAUCGUAGUCUGCAGUUUUACAGCUAUCACGCUAAUAGCGCCGGUUCCGCGAACAAAGUGAAAAAUAUUUUGGAGGAGUUGGUCGGUAAGGAGAACAAGGUGCUCGAGUAUUGGACGCAGCGGAAGAAACGUCUAGAUCAAUGCCAUCAGUACGUUCUGUUCGAGCGUAGCGCGAAGCAGGCCCUCGAGUGGAUCAAAGAAACCGGGGAAUUGUAUUUGGCGACGCACACCAACGUCGGCAAGAAUCGCAUCGAGAACGAGCAGCUGUUGCAGGAGCACAUCGAGUUCAAAGGCGCGGCGAAGGAGACGAGAGAACGGGUGAAACUGUUGAUCCAGCUCGCUGACAAUUUGGUCGAGAGGGGCCACGCUCAUGCCGCGGCGAUCAAGCAGGCCGUCGCCGAGGUCGACCAGCGUUACAAGGACUUCAGCGCGCGAAUGGACUGCUACAAGACGCAAAUCGAGGGCGAUCUGGGCAUCCAGCCCGACGAGGUGCACCGAGAACUCUCUAUCGAUCGGAAUUCGGAUCCGUUGCUGGAGGAGAAGAUCAAGGGCAAAGAUCUGAAGGAGUUGAACGAGGAGAAGCGAAGGUCCGCGCGGAGGAAAGAGUUCAUUAUGGCCGAGCUCUUGCAAACCGAACGUACGUACGUGAAAGACUUGGAGACCUGCAUACGCUGCUUCCUGGACGAGACGCGGUGCGGAAAGGGGGGCGUUGUUCCGAUGGGUUUGCAAAAUCGGGAGUCCAUUAUUUUUAGCAAUAUAGAGGAGAUACAUCAGUUCCACAGCAAUGUAUUUCUGCGCGAGCUAGAAAAGUACGAGACCAUGCCGGAGGAUGUGGGACACUGUUUUGUAGUGUGGGCACCUAAAUUUGACAUGUACGUAACUUACUGUAAGAACAAACCCGAGAGCAAUCAACUGUUAAUAACACACAGUGGGACGUGGUUUGAGGAAUUGCAGAGGAAGCAUAGAGUGGAACACCCUAUCGCUGCGUAUCUAAUCAAACCUGUACAGAGAAUAACCAAGUAUCAGCUGCUGCUCAAGGACUUACAGGCCUGCUGCCAAGAGGGACAGGGCGAGAUAAAAGAGGGAUUAGAAGUGAUGUUAAAUGUGCCUAAAAAAGCUAACGAUGCCUUACACUUAAGUCUACUGGAAGGUUGCGACGUUAGUAUAGAUGCGCUCGGUGACGUCGUGCUGCAAGAUUCGUUCACAGUAUGGGACCCAAAGCAGCUCAUCCGGAAAGGAAGAGACCGUCACAUAUUUCUUUUCGAAUUGUAUCUUCUCUUUACGAAGGAGGUGAAGGAUUCCGCGGGAAAGGUGAAGUACGUUUAUAAAAAUCGCCUGUUGACCUCCGAGCUGGGCGUGACCGAGCAUAUCGAAGGGGACGAGUGCAAGUUCGCGGUGUGGACGGGACGGGCGCCGACCAGCGACACGCGCGUGGUGCUGCGGGCGAACUCGAUGGACGCGAAGCAGCUGUGGGUGAUGCGGUUGCGCGAGGUGAUACAGGAGACCUUCCUGGGCAAGAACAUGCCCAAGAGCCCCGCCAAGAAGAGCUCCAGUCAACGCUCCAGCAGAGACCUGGAGGAAUGCGCGUCCUUGGACGAGAGCGUGGAGAAUCUCGACAGGAACUCCCUGGCUUCCUUCGGCUCGACCAACACUACGGAUUCCGAUAAGACCGGGGUCGUCGAGAUGACGUGGGUGGUCGCCGAUCAUAUGGCCGCGCCGGGCUCGAGGGAGCUCAGCGUGACGAAAGGGCAGCAGGUCGAGGUGCUGGAGAACGGCACCGCCGCCGCAGCCGCCGCCGCCGCCGGCGAAUGGACCCUGGUGCGUCUGCCGCUCACGCCUGGACAGGCCGAGCCGGCCGCGGAGGGUCUGGUGCCCACCAGCGCCCUGAAACAGCCGCCGACCGCCUCCUGCAAAACUUCGCCGUCCAGAAAAGCGUCCACGCAGCAGCAGCAACAGCAACAACCGCAUCAUCAUCCCCAGCAGCAGCAGCAUCAUCCGUACCAUCAGCAGCAGAUCAGCCAAGCAAUUGUCCAAGCGCAGCAGCAAACUGCCGUCGCGUCGUCGACCGCCGCCGGCGCGUUGCCGCCGACCUGCUGCGUGGCCGGCGUCCCGCCGGCCACGCAGCAGGCGUCCCCGCUGGUCGCGCUGUCGUCCGCGGUGCUGUCGCCGAUGCUGUCGGAGGACGCGGAAAACACCGGAAGCGACGGUAGCGGGUCAACUAGUACAAAUUCACCCGGCAACAAGAGGCGAGUUUUCAGCGGACGGAAGUGGCUCCCACCUUCUUUACGCAAACUUAGCCAAGGCAAAGUCGAGAAAACCAAUACGGCCGUGCCGCCGACGUCAUCGCCUCCUCCUUUGAUUGGGCCGUCUUUGAAGAAAAGCGGCUCGGACAAACGCUUUAAAUUGCCGAGCGGCGUCGAGCACAAUCGGCCCGGCAAGGCGGCGUUCGAGGCCGAGGUCGAGGCGCACGAGGGUGAGGAUGUUGGCAAGGAGGAAGAGGGCGAGGAGCAUCCGGAGGUCGAGGUGGACGUGGACGCGGACGUUACGGAGAGCGAUGACGCGGCGGUGACGAGCCUGCAGGAACAGAACGGCGGCGAGGACGCCGACGAUGACCUGGAGCUUCCGCCCCCGAUGAAGCCUAUUACCGAGCCGAUACUCGUAGCCACCGCAAAUGGCCCGUCAGGCUCCGCGAUACCGAGCGAAUUGCCUGGGAAAGUUCGAUCCACCAGCCUGUCGGAACGUACGACCAAGAUACUCGAUGGCGGCGCGACGACGGCCGAUCUCUCGGAGAUCGAGCAGAUCGUCAAGGAAAGGAUGGAGCAACAUACGGAGAAUCAGGAGAGGCAUAGUCUCAUGCGAACCCCCAACGGAAAGUCGUUGAGCAACGAGGAGGAGUAUUGUAACGCGACUAUUAACGCGGUCGUCGCCGAGGAGUCGGACCCGGAGAGCACCGCGAUCGCAAAGCGGCAGUUUGUUAUACGCGAGCUGGUGGACACCGAGAGGGAUUACGUCAAUGACUUAAAGCAGAUAGUCGAAGGUUACAUGGCACUAAUGCGGAAUCCCGAGUGCGAGAUCCCCUUGCCGGAGGAUCUGCGCGCCGGGAAAGACAAGAUGGUUUUCGGUAACGCGGAGGCCAUCUACGAGUGGCACAGAGACUUUUUCCUCAAGGCUCUGGAACGUUGCUUGGAGCGCCCCGAGGAGCUCGGACCUCUCUUCAAACGUUACGAGCGGAAGCUGCACAUGUACGUGGUCUACUGUCAGAACAAACCCGUCUCGGAGUACAUCGUGUCCGAACACAUAGACACUUACUUCGAGGAACUUAGGCAAAAACUUGGCCAUCGUUUGCAACUCUGCGACUUGCUGAUCAAGCCCGUACAAAGGAUUACAAAAUAUCAACUUCUUCUACGGGAGGCACUGCGCCUCACUGAGCGAACUCAAAGGUUAUCGGAAAUCGAAGGCCUCAGAGCGGCGGCUCAUGUCAUGCGAGUUAUUCCUAAAGCUGCAAACGAUAUGAUGGACGUUGGGAGAUUACAAGGUUUCGACGGUAAAAUAACGGCGCAAGGGAAGCUCCUGUUGCACGGCCCGCUUCUGGUGUCGGAGAUAUCGAACGUAUCGACGAGAGGAAAGGAAUGGCAGGUCUUUCUUUUCGAGCAAAAUAUCAUCUUCAGCGAAACGGUCGGCAAGAAAACGCAAUUCACCAAUCCUGUCUACAUAUAUAAGGCACAUAUUCAGGUGAACAAGAUGAGUCUUGAAGAUUCGAACGACGAACCAGAGAAGUUUAUCAUCCGGUCGACGGAUCCCCGAAACCCCGGGCUAGGAUUCUCUUGUAGCAUAGCUGAAGAAAGUAGUGGACCGCGCAGGCAGGAGUGGGUAGAUACCAUCACUGCCAUCCUGCAAACACAGCGCGACUUCCUGAAGGCGAUACAAUCACCGAUUGCCUACCAGAAGGAACUUACCAAAGACCCACUCCGUGCCACCGUCACCGUCACCGCCACCGCUACCACCACCGCCACGUCCGAACCCAUACGAGCAACCGUGUCGGUCCCUCCAACGCUGAUCGUCUCCGGAUCGGCGAAGGGAGACGGUAGGCCGAAUCAGCCGUUGCAACGCUCGCAGACCGGGGGAUUGGAAUGCGUGCAACCACGUACGCCCAGCCCGACCAAGAGUAGGCUAAACUUCCUGGAGGGAUUUAAGAACACUCUACGCACACGCUCGCCGAUACGCAACAAUUCCAUCCCGGUCGUUCCAGGUGCACGCGUAAGAUUGGCCGCGGAUUGGGGAAAGUUACACGCCGGAGACGAGCUCGUUGUCUCCCACCUGGACGGUCCGGGCUUAGUGGUGUCUCCCGUGAAUACCAAGGACGAGUUGUGGAUCCCGGCGAGUCUCAUCCCGAACUCGGCGAUCAGCCGAGCGUGGUCGUUUCGGCCGCGAAAGAUCGAUCUCGCGAGAUGCCACGUCGACGAUUCCCGGGAGUCAGUGGCGGCCGAGGAGAAAACGCCGGCCAUUCUGAGCAGUCCGACGUCGAUUCGCGCGACCGUCGGCGAGGUCGUCAGACUCUCCGUCGAGACGCACAACGCGGACAGCGCGAUCGUCACAUGGAGGAAGGAGGGCGAGAAUCAGUGUAUAAGAGAGAACGAUCGGUAUCAGUUCCAGCGAAGCGCGGGCUUCGUAUACCUGCAGAUCACCGGCUGCCGAGCCUCGGACUCCGGGGUAUAUCAGUGUCAUCUGAAGGGCGAAACGGGCUCUUGCUCCGUGGGGAUUUCUCUCUUCGUCGUAGGUGGGAAGAGCAGCACUUCCGCGCGCGUUUUAGGAUGCUCGAGGGUGGAGAUCGACUGGGACAGGCAGGAGAUCGGCGGGGUGUCGUGCAGCAUAGAGUGCAGAACUCUACCGUCGCAGCAGUGGGUGCCGAUGUCGAGGCAGGCCAACGAACCGCCCGUUCUACUGGACGUGCCGAUGGACGCCUCGUACAGCUUUCGGGUGGUGGGCGACGACGGGCGGACGACCUCGCCGUCGGUCGUGGUGACCCUGUCGCGAUCGGACACGGGCGGCGGCGCGGAAUGGGAGGCCAAGCAGUUCGUCGGCAGGUACUUGGAGCUGGACGAGCUGGGCAACGGUAGAUUCGGCACGGUCCGUCGCGCCAGGGACAAGGGCACCGGUCAGGAGGUGGCGCUCAAGCAGAUUCCGCGGCACAGGCAGUCGAGACUGCUGACGCGCGCGGAAUACGACGUGCUGGCCUCCACUCAUCACGCCAACAUCGUCAGGGCGUUCGCCCUGUUCGAGAACGCGCCACGACCCGGGGUGGACACCAUCGUCUUGGAACUGGUCAGAGGCCCGAUGCUGUUCGCGUAUCUGAGCGAGAAAACGGAGUACACCGAGGCGACGGCGACGCGAUACACCUGCCAGCUGUUGUCCGCGUUGCGCUGGCUGCACCGCCGCGGCCGGGCGCAUCUGGACGUGAAACCGGAGAACGUCCUCGUCGACCACGAGACGGACCAGGUGAAGGUAAUAGAUCUGGGGGAAGCGGUCAGGGCUCCCAUCGACGAGAUCGUACCGCCCCCGGCCGAUCUGGAGUUCGCAGCGCCGGAGUCGGUGCUAGGUAGACCGGCCGGUCCUUACACGGAUAUGUGGGCCGUCGGAGUUUUCAUUUAUGUUUUGCUAAGCGGAUUGUCGCCGUUUCUGGACGACUCCGUGGAAGAAACCACCGCCAACAUUCUCAAGUGCGAUUUCUGUUUCCCCGACGAAUAUUUCGAGGCGAUAUCCAGCGAUGCGAAGGAACUCCUCGGGAGAUUAUUGUGCCUGCGUGGUGAGGAUCGAGUGAACGCAGAGAUCUGUCUUGGUUCGCCAUGGUUGAAAAUAUCAACUGGCGCUACCAUACCGUCCACUAGAAUGGCCGCAUUUAUAGAACGUCGUGCACACUGUCUUAAACUGCGUCAAGACCACAAUGACAGUUUUUACUCUUAAGAUUAGCAUUAUGUGCAGUAACAUGUUACUUAAAAUACAUGACAAAUUUAUAUAUGUAAAUAGCAAAAUAUACUUAAAUGUUUAACUGUU